AAUGAGAAAACUUGAAAAAUAUGUCAAAAUAUCUAAACAUUUGUUUGUAUUUAAAAUAAUAAUUCAAUUGUUUUGACAGAAGUUUGUGUGAAAUGAAGGAAAUGGUUGACAACAAGACUACGAAACCAACAUUUGUGGUGAUCUUCGCCUCACUUGUCAUGGAUUUGAUGGCAUUUACGCUAAUCUUGCCGUUAAUGCCAUCCAUUCUUGACUAUUACUCUAUCAAUGAUCAGAGUGGUCUCUUCGCGUGGAUUGAGUCGAAAGUGGAGUUAAGUCAGCACUGGUUGGGCAGUCCUCGAGAGUUCAACAAAGUCCUGUUUGGAGGUCUAAUCGGUUCCUGGUUUUCAUUACUGCAAUACAUAACACAACCAAUAGUGGGCUCUCUGUCCGACAUUUACGGCCGAAAACCCGUCCUAUUGUUGUGUUUGACGGGAAUAUCCAUUUCGUACUUCUUUUGGAGUCUUUCCUCUCAAUUGUUCACAAUAUUUCUCAUUUCGCGUACAAUCGGAGGCUUAAGUAAAGGCAAUAUCAGUUUGAGUACAGCCGUCAUCACCGAUGUCUCCAAUGAGUCCAAUAGAGGCAAAGGAAUGGCUUUAAUCGGUAUCUCAUUCUCCGUCGGAUUUAUUAUUGGACCGGUUUUGGGCGCAACGUUUGCCGUGUGGUCGCGUUCAGCCGAUGCCCAACACUUCUUCCAGUUAUGGCCCGCACUCUUCGCGCUAACCCUUUCCUUAAUUAAUGUGAUAUUCAUUUGGCGUUAUUUUCGCGAAUCUCUUCCGACGAACCGAAGGGUAUUUAUAUCUGUAAUCAAAUGUUAUUUCCUUUUAAUUAAUAUUUAUUUUCAACGAAAGGCUCGUUCGUUGGGAUCGGGACUGAAGCAAGCGUUAGACUAUAUGAGCCCUCUAUCGCUAUUCUCGUUCCGUCCGGUUAUGGAUAUCAAAGAUUUUGAUCUAUUAGUGCUAAAGCGUGGUAGUCGUGUGUACUUCCUCUUCCUAUACUUAUAUUCAGGUCUAGAAUUUACGCUAACAUUCCUCACACACUUGCGAUUCAAUUAUUCCAGCGCACAACAGGGAAGGCUCUACUUAUUUGCCGGACUUUUGAUGACUUUAAUACAGGGAUCGUUUGUCAGACGAAUUAAACCGGGAAAUGAGUUAAAGACUGUGUUUUUUGUUACAACAGUGGUUCCGUGUCUGACCACUACUAUCUCCUCAUACGGUCCGCCCGACCAGAAAGGGGUAAUUCUGGGUAUAUUUCGAUCUUUAGGAGCACUCGCCAGAGCCUUAGGACCCGUAUCCGCCUCUUUA